AUGGCGCGUACCUGGUUCGCCGGCCCUCCUACCGCGCAGACGGUCCCGCCGUCCAAGAACCUCAAGGGUGCCGUGUCCAAAACGGGCGACCCAGCUCAAUCAAACGAGGGCGUGUUAUCCAAGAAUCAGGUUGCGGUCAACGCCUUCGCUACUGCGCAUCAUAUAACACCGACCAAAGCAAUUCACUCGGACUCUGAGUUGGAUGGAUCUGUUACUUGGGCAACACCGUUCUCGUCGCCAGAGAAAGAGCUGAAGACCCAGCCAGCGAAGGAGGCGAUUGAGGCGAUUGAGGCGUCCGCUAAUCUGGCAAAGCUCAUACAACAGCACUCGAAGCCAAAGGACCCACAAGGGGCGACUCCCUCUGAGGAGCCGACGACCUCCAGGCCGGUGGAAACGAUGAACACAUUCACUCUCUCCUCAUCGGAACCGCGCCGGGCACCGAUAGCUCAAAUGGUACCCCUUUCCCCAAAUGUGGCAGUCACCACCACACCAGCAGCAAAAGCCGACCUGGUGAAAUCGACAACGUCUCUUUUCGGUCCGUGUCCAAGCCCAACGAAUGUGUCAAGUCCACAAGCAUGCUUUCCCGUAACAGCUCCAUCAUCGCUACGAUCAUCAUCAAUCCUGCCAUCUUCGCCAACAGCCUCACCGAAGAAAGCCACACCCACGAAGUUCACAUCCAAAAACCCUCAAAUCACACUAACGCCAGCACCGGCGACUGCGCCAAGCGCAUUCAAAGACGCCGCUCUCGCAGCCCACGUCCAGGACAGGAAGUUCCUCUCUCCCGUGACGCAACAACCAACCGGAGUCAAAAAGCGCCAACACAUCAGGACCUCCUCCCCACCCAAAUCAGUCUUGACACCAGAAUCCGUCCCUGAAGGAAAACCCAGACGCGGCCGCCCUCGCACGCGGCCUGAGGUGCAGCCUCUUCACCGCAACAGACAAUACCGGCCUCCUGUUCAGCCGAGCACGCCAAGCCCUCAAACAGGGGUUCCCAAUCGCUCCAACUCAUCUGAGUUCGCCUCUCCCGCCUUCCCGCUCCAGCAACAGCAAGCCGUCACGUUCAACAUCAAUGGCGACUCGAAACCCAGUUUCUGCUCAGAAGAGCCUCGCCUGUGGCCUGGGCGCGGUGAUUACGUUGCCACGCUCCUACGCUUCGACUCAAAGCCUGAAACAAUACACUCAGAGCCUAUUCAAGCUUGUACCAACCACGCGGCCCACCAAGACCCGCACGAACCUCCCGGUCACGGCGUUUGUGCAACCUGCCACCAUGGUGCUCGUCGUCAUAUCAAAGCAACGAGGCCAGAGCUAUUCGGUCCGGCCUGGUGGCCGCUAUGCAAGGCCUGUGGCGACAAUGAAUUGCUGCAUACUGAUCCUAAGAAAAAAGGAUGUUCUUGUGGCAAGCAAUGGCUCUGCUUUGCGUGCCAAACCCAGGAGCUGGAGAGGCGUACUAUGAAAAAUUGCGUCGAGGCUGAGUUCAGGAGGAGAACUUUCAUUGGGAAAGGAAUGGAUGGAGACGUCGAGACUGUGGUAAUGGGUUGGGCUUGUGAGUGUGGAGGGGAGAUCGGGCCAAACGCCACACUAGUUAAGUGUAUUGGCUGUCAAGGGUUGGGUGUUGGAAAAAUUGAUUCGCUGGUGGCAAUUGCCCGAGAAAGUGCUUUUAUGAAGACUGCAUUAGCAUGGACAUGA